AAAAAGAAAAAGUGGGAGAGCGUUGAUUUUACGCCAAAACGGAGAGAGAGAGGGAAAAUUCUAGAAGCAGAAGCAGCCAUUUCUUCCUCUCAGGUCUAUAAUAGCCCUCUGAUUCCACCCUUCUCUUCUACUUCGUUUACAUUCUCUUUUCCUCUAGGAUUUUUUUGGUGAAUUUGAUUUGAUAUGGCAUCAAAGCGCAUUCUGAAAGAGCUCAAGGAUUUGCAGAAGGAUCCUCCUACCUCUUGCAGUGCUGGUCCUGUGGCUGAGGACAUGUUCCAUUGGCAAGCAACGAUUAUGGGUCCUGCUGAUAGCCCUUAUGCUGGAGGAGUCUUCCUAGUUUCUAUUCAUUUCCCUCCUGAUUAUCCCUUUAAGCCUCCUAAGGUUGCUUUUAGGACAAAAGUCUUUCACCCAAACAUUAACAGUAAUGGAAGCAUAUGUCUGGAUAUUCUUAAGGAACAAUGGAGCCCAGCACUAACAAUCUCCAAGAUGGCACAUUCCUGUUUUAAGUUAUAUUUAGUAGAGAAGAGAUUGGAUAACAUCAGUAGCAAUGAAAAGGUGCACAGAAUAAUUUUUUUCCUUCUUGUUUUGGAAAUGGGGAUCUCUAUGCAUGGUCUGCAUGUGUGUAGGUUCUCUUGUCAAUAUGCUCUCUGUUGACUGACCCAAAUCCUGAUGAUCCACUCGUGCCUGAAAUUGCUCACAUGUACAAGACAGACAGAGCCAAGUAUGAGGCCACUGCCCGCAGCUGGACACAGAAGUAUGCCAUGGGUUGACCUGAUCAUCCCCUCCACCGAAUUCAGAAGAAUUUGCUACCCAUGUUUGUUAUAUCAGUUAGAUAAAAUAACGGAAAGGCUCAAAGUGCCUUUUUGUUCUGAUGUUUUUGCUGCAGACUCAAAGUUGGCAAGAUCCUGUUAGUAUGUGAAUAUUUAUUUGAGAACAGGAAAGACAAAAAAACUGUAAUAUACGUUCUCUUGUCCAAUCAACUGCUCUAUUUAUCUGUU